CGGUCACUCAGCAAAACAAGAUGGCGUCCGUAGAAGACGAAGCCGGAGCGGGAACAUCCAAGUUGAGCAUCGAGGAAAGAUUGGAGACAGGAAUGGCAUUGAAAGAGAAAGGAAACGAGUAUUUUAAGAAACAGGAGUACAGAAAUGCAAUGAAAAAUUACCACAAAGCGUUGCUGUACGUGAAAGGUAUCAUUGAUCGACCAAAUCUGCCAGGUUUAGAAGCGUCGGAAGAAGACGUUUCUGACGAAGCGAAAAAUAGCAUUCACAAAGUACAGUUCAGUUGUUACAACAAUUUAGCAGGUAAGAUAAGUAUUUUAUAGUUUGCAUAGAAGACAUUUUUGUUUCAUGGGGAAUUGACGUAAAUUUUGUGAUUCGCCAAAACCAUUCUUCUGUUUCACAGCUGUUUUAAUGCAUAGUAAUAUUUUUAAAAUGGUUCCAGCUUGCUUAUUGAAAGAUGGUCGGUGGGAUCGAACGGAGCAUUAUUGUACCGAGGUAAGAUUAUAAUAGAAGGAGCAUUUAAAAUUUCAUGGUAAUUUCCUCAGAAACUUUUGUAAGAGUGAUCUAAACUAAAACAUACAUAUGAAAUUUACACAUUCAUCAUUUCAAACCACAAGCUUUAAUACAUUGGGCUAUUGCAACUAAUAUCCGACACCCCCUGCCCCCCCCCCGGUUGAGGUUCAGUGGAAUUCUUCAGGGGUAAGUUAAUUAUUUAGAGGUAAGUUAUCACCUGGGGUAGGGGGAGGGGGUACGGAUAUGAAAUACAAUAGCCCAUUUUUGUGAGGAUUGAAUUUUUUAUCUGCCAGAAUCCUCCCCCCAUUUAUAGUCUCCCAUCCCAUUACUUCUCCCCUGCCUCCCCUCACCAAAAGAUGCCAGGUUUUCAAAGGGUUUUCAGUUUUUAUAUUUUGACCCUUUGGAUUUUUAGUUUGAGGUACUAACUAAAAUAUAACGGCUCAAGAACACCAAAAUGUUUUAGAGUACUUAGGAUUUUAGAGUACUGUUGAUUUGUUUUAUUAAGCAGAGGUAUUACUGUCACUUUUUAAUUUUCUGCAAUACUCCAAGUAAAUUGCUAAUGAUAAGAAGUGACUUAAGGCAUAAUUGCAGAAAAUUAUCAUACUGACCUCGUCGGCCUGUUUUGGCCUCUGUAUAGCAAUAAAGUUAAAGUGAACAGAUUUUCUCAAUGUAUCCCAGACCAACCCAAGCAGUGAGAAUGCUUAUGACCUCAUGUUUGGAUUUGUUCUCCGGAGUUCAAAUCCUUGUCCACGCUUGUAAAUAGCUAACUGGUUGCCUCCUGCCAGUUGGGGUUUUUAAUCCUGUUAUGUUCUAUUUGCAUUAUUUGUUUACAGAAUUAUUUGCGCAGAGUGCCUGUAAACUAGCUGGUUAAGCUUAGUGCACUUUCCACUUUAAAAAAACCUUUAUUCAUUUUUUCAUUUUAUUUUUUAUGCUUCAAUCUACCCACAAAAUGGCUAACCUUACUCAGAAUGAAAUAUGUGCUGUGCUCUAUUCGAAAAGGCAAUAAAAACAAAAUGAUGGAGAAAAAAUGGCUGUGUGAAAUUUUGCACAUAGCCGGUGUAUUAAACUCUAAAAACCCAAUACAAAUACAAACUGAAACUUUCAUUAAACAUGUAUUGCCGGCGAAGGUGAGGGCAUUACAUGUGUGCCAACGUGUCAACAAGAUCAAGAACGCGACAUCCAUUAUACAACAAUCAAUAAAUACGACAUUACCUAAGGAGUCUGGACACCAUCUUGAAUUCAAAAUUCAAAUCAGUUCCCUCGAUUCCAUGUUCCUAGCCUCUUUCCCUGAUGAAAAAAUGUUUGUGUGUCAAUGAGAUCAAGAAUGUGACAUCCAUUAUACAACGAUCAAUAAAUACGACAUUACCUAAAGACGCCUUCUUGAAUUCAAAAUUCAAAUCAGUACCCUCGAUUCCAUUUUCCUAGCCUCUUUCCACAUUACUGUUCUCAUAAACUAUGUAAGGCUAAAUUGUUGCAUAAAAUUUUAUUUGAAGACAAAUAAUGCAUUUAUUUUAUCCGCAAAAUCUGGAACAUUCAGGAAGCUGAAAAUAAAAUUCUUGAAUGUCUGCAUGGGUGUUUACUUUGUCUGUUGCAGUAUCUCAGCUCAUUACGUUCCUCAAUUUAUAGGCCUUAAAACUUCAACCCCAAAAUGCCAAAGCUUUAUUCAGAAGAGGGCAGUCAUACUUCUACUUGAAGGACUUUGAAAAGGCUGAAAGAGACUUGAAAGCUGCCGAAAAGUUGGAGCCCAAAGGUUUGUUAUCAUUGACUAGGAAUAAUACAGCUGUCUCUCUUUGCUAAUCACCACUAGGAACAUUUUGCAGGAGAGAUGUCUGCGAUUUGGCCCCCCAAAAAUGAUACUGAUAAGGCAGAUCCCAAAAGAAUAUUUCAUAAAUUUUAAGGUACAUUGUACUUACCUCUGAAGCGUGUCAAGCUUGUUUACUGUACAUGUUAUUGCAAAAGAACAAAAGUUUUUGUUCAUCCUUGCCCAGUUGUUUUUUCUAGGUCUGUUCAGUUGUUGAUUCAUUUAUUCACUAAUGGUAAAAAAUGAUCACUCUUGACAAAGUGACAAACUUAAAUGCUAAUGCAUAAACUCUAAAAUGUUUGACAUUAUUGUGAAUCUAAGAACCAUUGGUGCUUCAUACGAAACAUGUCUUGAGAAAUUGUAUAAUUUAUCGUCUAAAAGACCUUCUCUGCCAUAUAAUGAGACCUCCUGGUGAAUGGGCUUUAAAAUUUCUCAAUUAUUUUUGCACCCUUUCUAAAAACCAUGUUGGGAUUUCAAUUCAUUAUCUUUUUAUUAUUAUUAAAAGUAGUGUUUCGGUUUCCUUGCUAGAUUCAAGUAUAAAGAAAAUGCUGGCUCUCCUUGAAGUAGAAUUGAAGAAGAUUAAAGAAAAGGAGAAAAAGAUUUAUGCAGGAAUGUUUGAGAGACAUUCCCAGAAAGAGUAA